CAUGCCUGACAGGCAAAGACUGUGGGCACAGCAACCCCAAAAAACGAUCCCACUUCCUUCAGACAGGCCUUGCACACCAUAUAAAGAGCCAGGCGGCUGGGGACACCACAUCAGAUCCAGUGGCUGUUUCCUCUGCCUCUUCUCCUCUGCACUGUAGGUCCAGCCUCCUCUUAAGUAUGAGCUCCUAUCAGCAGAAGCAGCCCUGCACUCUACCUCCCCAGCUUCAGCAGGAGCAGGUGAAACAGCCUUGCCGGCCUCCUCCCCAAGAGCCAUGUGCUCCCCAAACAAAGGAGCCAUGCCACCCCAAGGUGCCAGAGCCAUGCCAGCCCAAGGUGCCUGAGCCUUGCCAGCCCAAUGUUCCUGAACCAUGCCAGCCCAAGGUUCCUGAGCCAUGCCAGAGCAAGGUACCUGAACCAUGCCAGCCCAAGGUUCCUGAGCCAUGCCAGCCCAAGGUACCUGAACCAUGCCAGCCCAAGGUUCCUGAGCAAUGCCAGACCAAGGUGCCUGAGCCAUGCCAGCCCAAUGUUCCUGAACCAUGCCAGCCCAAGGUGCCUGAACCAUCCCAUCCCAAGUUGCCUGAGCCAUGCCAGCCCAAGGUGCCUGAGCCAUGCCACCCCAAGGUGCCUGAGCCAUGUCAUCCCAAAGUGCUUGAGCCAUGUCAUCCCAAAGUGCCUGAGCCUUGCCAUCCCAAUGUCCCUGAGCCAUGCCAAACCAAGGUACUUGAACCUUGCCAUCCCAGUGUUCCUGAGCCUUGCCAUCCCAAGGUGCCUGAGCCUUGCCAUCCCAGUGUUCCUGAGCCAUGCCAAAUCAAGGUGCCCGAGCCUUGCCAGCCCAGUGUUCCUGAGCCAUGCCAUCCCAAGGUGCCUGAGCCAUGCCAGAUCAAGGUUCCUGAGCCAUGCCACCCUGAGGUGCCAGAGCCUUGCCCUUCAACAGUCUCUCCGGCUCCAUCUCAGCAGAAGACCACACAGAAGUAAUGUGCUCCACAGUCUCAUCCUCCAAGAGCCAACCACCAAAUGAUGAACCUCCUCUCUCAUUCUACUUAUGUGUCUCAUGUGCUUUGUAACUAAGAUGUUUGCCAUUCUGGGUCCCCAUCCUCUGUCAUUUAAACCCUAGUAACAUGCUGUGAAGUUUUCCUUCUGAAAAAUUCUAGACACCAAACUGUACUGAGAUUAUCUGAACCUUAGAAUCUUUGUUCAAGUUGUGUUGGGCUCACCUGCAGAGACUGCAAACCAACACAAGUAGGUCAACUCUGUCUCCUCACCCCCUGGCCCCUGCCAAUUAAAUGAACUUUGAAUCC